AUGACGCCGAAACCAGACAACAACAGAACAUGUACGUCUUUCAGAGAUGUCGAGAGGACAUUCAGCAAGAAUCUAAUCAAGUCACAUGAUGAAAUUACUGAGAAGAAGAGGAAGAUGAAAAUUAUGGAUCAUCAAAUUGAUCAGCUUAAGGAGCAAAAUCAUGCUAGAGAAAAUGCGUUCAUCAAGGAAUACUUCACCGCUUUAGAGGUAUUUGCUUUUGCCGUACCACUUCUAAAGAUCUACACAGAAAUGGCAGACGUGAAGACAAAAGAUACGGAUUAUAUAGAAGUAAAGAAGAUCAUGCUUUACUCGUUGACACAAACAUACUCAUCUGAUAAUACCACAAACUCCAAUACAAUGUCAGGCAGAUGGAAUAGAUAUUUUAUACAGUACGACUGUUGUGCUGUGAAUCAAGUAAUCGGGACAACUAAUGACUUCGAUACGACCCCGUGGUGUACAACAUCAGGGUCUUGUCAACAGGCUAAUUCACAGAUUCCUAAGACCUGCUGUAAGGCUGUUACCGAAGAUGACUAUCAAAAUGCGCAUGAUAGCUGCCAUUCUGUUGUCCAAAUUGGAUCUUUCAAAGAAAGUUGUUUUACUAAAUUUAUGAGUCUUGGUGAUAAGACCAUAGAAACCUACCAAAUACAUGUACUGUACACUUUGCUUUUCACUUUGGGAAUAAUGAAGCUUAUCGCUUUUAUUCUUGCUGGAGGUAAUUGUAUGAUGAUGAGUCCAUGUUUUGAAAAAGUUAAAAAUUGGUGGAUCAAGAAAAGCAAGA